CCUAUGCAGACUAUAAAGUCAACUCUCCGACUGACUGGGAUGGGCGGGGAUGUUACGCAUGUUACCGUUUGUCAAAACGGGUUUGAAGAACAUUCUUGGAGACCGUCCGAAUGUCGGACCAGAGACGGGGAUCUGGGAUCAGGAUCAUGCCCCUGAAACGGCGUCUGACGUCUCGAUGGUUUAUUUGUGGAUUGUGGUUUCAACUUGUUUUUUCUGAAGACGCUUCUAAGCCUAGAUUAACACUUCAGCAAGAUGAUCCUCUACUAUACAAUAGAAACUAUAGCCAUACAGUCUUGUUUCAUGAAAAAGGAUCCAAUAUUCUGCUUGUGGGAGGUUUAAACUUUGUGCUCCAGGUUGACCUUGAAAAUGGUGAAAAUGAGACCUUCAUCUUGAAUCCAAAAUUGCAACCAUUUUUUGAAGAUAAGUCUUGUGAGAACGUUGUGACAGUAAUUGAGCUAUUUCAAAAUAGCACAUUAGUAUGCGGAACAAACGGAGAAAACCCGAUGUGUUGGACACUGUUUUACGAUAAAAACAAUAGUUCUGUUGAGGUUAAAGAGUUUGGAGAUGGCACUGGAAUCUCACCUCACAUGUGUACACAAAACUCCUUAUGCCUGACCGCAGAUGGAGAUCUCUAUGCUGCAGCUCCUUUGUACAGUGAUGGGGCUCUUCUCCAGUUUCGUAGACGGGCUGGAAAUCGCAUCAAUUUAUGGAUGCAUGAUCAGUGGCUCUCAGAACCCACCUUCAUCUCCAGUUUUUUGGCCGAGCGCAAUGACGAUCCAACAAACGAGAAGAUUUAUAUCUUAUUUCGUGAGAAAAAUACAGACACCAGUCCAGAUGCGGAUCCGUGGAUAUCCAGGGUGGCCAGAGUGUGUAAGGUUGAUGAAGGUGGUCCCAAGCAGUACCUCCAGAACAUUUGGACAUCCUUCCUCAAGGCAAGGCUUGUAUGUGGGAUUGCCGGAGAAUCGCUGUACUUCAACCGUCUGCAGGACAUUUUUGUUGUGCAUGCUGAGAACUGGACAGACUCGAGGGUGUACGCACUCUUCUCCAGCAGCUGGAACUCUACCGCUGUCUGCAUAUAUUCCUUGAAAGACCUCGAUGCUAUCUUUGAGAAUUCUGCUUUCAAAGAUUAUGUUGGAAAAAUUCCCAGCACAAGACCUGGAACAUGUGUGAAAAACAGCAACUCCAUUCCCAUCUCUACUCUCAAUAUCAUUAAAGACUACCCAGAGAUGCAGGACUGGAUUCGUCCUAUCGAUAAAGACACGCCGUUCUUCAUGAGCAAAACCAACUAUACCAAGAUAGCGGUUGACAAAGUCAUAGCUUCAGAUGACCUUGUUUACAACGUGUUGCUGUUGGCCAAAGACAAUGGCAUGAUCCUCAAAGUCCUCGAGAAUGACACGAAAGCCUUCAUCAUCUCCGAAACACGGCUUUACAAUGGCUCAUCACCAGUGCAGGCUAUGAAACUGGAUUCUGAAAUUAGCAAGCUUUUUGUAGGAUAUCCUGGUCAGAUUUCUGUGUUAGACCUUCAGAGAUGUCAGGAUUACAACGCAUCCUGUGAGUUUUGUGUUCUGUCCCGAGAUCCCUACUGCGCUUGGACUGAACAUGGAUGCACAGCCCAAACUAAAGGAGGAAUACAAAACAUUGCUGAUGGAAACACAUAUGUAUGUGAUCAGAAACAAGAAAGACGAUCCAAACGAGACUCAAGACUAUCAUAUGUCCCAUCCGUUCGGCAUUCUGUGCCCACCGAGGUUCCUUUUUACCUCUCCUGCCCUGUCGAUUCCCACCACGCAACCUACAGAUGGAAACAUGGAAACAAGAGCACCACAUGCCAGCUGACCCAAUCCGAUUGUCUCCUUCUCAUUCCGUCAAUGACAUCAGAGGAUUACGGCAUUUACAAGUGCAUUUCCCACGAGCGCGAUUACACAAGAAUUGUGAAGGAAUAUUACCUUGACCCUGAGCAUGUUGCUGACAGUGCUUUCAAUCUCAAAUCCACAAUGGCCACAUUGGUCAUGGUUGCCAUUUAUCUCUUCUAGCUUUAAGGUCAAUGCAGUUUUACAAAUGUCAGCACCUUCUCAAGCAUUUCCAGUUGCCUGUAACCUUAGAACAUCAUUAAACACACAUUGCUUGACGCAUAAUCCUAUACUAAGCGUUGGCUUGUGGUUUAUGGGCAAUUAAAUAUGCAAUGUGCAAUCCAAGUCAAGCAGCAAUUCUACUUAUCCGAGUGAACGGCUUCUAAAAAUGAGAAAAAAUGUAGGGCGGGACUUGUUUUCGUCCGUCGAGAACUGAUUGGAUAAAUGUUAAUUGCCUAUUGCUAAACGUUGUGAUCUUUUCACGGGCAGAAACGAGUCUCCGAAAGCCCCGCCCUUGCGCCAUUAGAUGUGACAGGAAGGAAAGGGCACAUGCAUAAAAAAAAUAUGAAGUGCACAGAUAAGCAAUUUGUAAAUAAACUACAAUAUUCCAUGAAAGAUGAGAGCCUUCAAUUUCACUGUGACUUUAAAGCUAUAGUUUGGUCAGCAGGCUAACGCUAAUAUGCGCAGUUCAGUCUAAAACGGAUAGUAAAUAGGUAAAGAAAAGGCGAUGGGUGUCCUAAGAACUUUAUGUGGAACUCAUUUUACACACCAUGGAUGCCUCUAACUAAUCCCUUAACUAUUUCACAAAGCUAUGCUAAAACUAGCAACGACGUGACGGUCUGUUCCUAAAAAGGUUACUGAAGUACCAAAGACUUUUGGGAGAGAGUCUGAUAAAGUUAGAUGGUGCGACUGAACGUACUAUUGUAUAUUAUUACUUAAAUCGGCCGUGACAUCGGAAAGUAAAGCUGUUUCUUCAUAACGGCUACGCCCCAUCCCACCCAAAACGUUAGCUAUAACGUUUUUAACAUUGCUCUGUAUUUAACAUUUGACUGUUACAACUAUAGCAAUCAAAAUCCAUUUCAAUUUAAAGUACUUGCACACAUGCAGUGAAACUGCUUCACUCUGGUUUAAAUAAACAUGUUAUGUCCGUAUUUGUAGAGGCAGAUGUAGUUAUUGUUAUAUUUAUCUGUAUAGUUAGCGUUCUUGGUGGGAUUAGGUUACUAUGACCAAGUGAUUAACAGUGAUGGGUCCCAGGGUUCCGAUUAAGUAUCGGCAUUUCUGAAAAGGCGAGUUAAGUGUCCAAUUUUGGCAAAAAAGUGAAAAUGGGACUUCACAAAAUAACCAUAGUCAAAAUAAUUUAGUAAUCAAUGCACCAAAAAACAUGGUAACUACAUUUUUAUUGCAAAAAAAACAUGGUUAUUUUCGCAAAGGCAAGGCAAGUUUAUUUCUAUAGCACAUUUCAUACACAAGGGCAAUUCAAAGUGCUUUACAUAAAAUGAUUGACAGAAAGAAAUAAAAUGUAUCUUUAAAAUGCAAAUGAUUUAAGAUCACAAAUGCUUUAGAUUUUAAGAAACAAUAAAACACCAAUAAAAUUGAUUAAAAAUGUGAGUGUAUAUAUAAAAAGAAUAAGAGCAAAAUAAAAUAAAUUAGAAAUAGAAGUGCAGUUGAUGUGAACCAGCACAGUGCUCAAGUUGUGACUGCACAGCUAAACGAGUGUGUCUUUAAUCUGGAUUUAAAAGUAGCUGCUGUUGGUGAACAUCUGAUGUCUUCUGGAAGCAGAUUCCCAGCUACGGGUGGCGUAAUGCCUUAACGCUGACUCGCCCUGUUUUGAGUGAACCCUUGUUAUCUCUAACUGACUUGAUCCUGAUGAUCUGAGAAGUCUGUUUGGUUUAUAUUCAAUGAGCAUAUCUGAGAUGUAUUUAGGUCCUACACCAUUGAGUGAUUUAUAGACAAUUAAUAAUACUCUGAAGUUGAUUCUAAAAGUAACUGGUAACCAGUGUAAGGACCUGAGAAUUGGAGUGAUAUUUUUCAGAUAUUUUUCAGAAGUGCAAAGGAGCACUUCUACCCCUUAAGGCCCUCUAAGUCACAAUAUAGUGAUAUGUGGUCCGUUUUAGAAGGACAUUAUUUAAUUAUAGCAUUUAAGAGCUGAAAUCAUGUGUUACCAAAGGCAGGGUGUUGCUGGUAAACAUAAAUCUAGAUCAUUUGUAAGAUUGCAACCUUUGAUCUGUAUGACGUUCUGGCUAUCAUUUCUCUAUUUUGUUAUUUUUGCACUGUUUCCAGCACUACGUUUCGCUUUAGGACUGGGUUUAGUUUGUGAGGAUAUAGUGUUCAACAGAAAUUUUUAGGUGUUGUCAUAUUCAUGAGGAAGCCAAUCUGAGGUGUGAUCAUGUUGAAAGACAUUUUGGCAACAGCAGAGGGGAUUCUGGGUGUGGUGGUCAACAUGAUAGGCUUCAUGCUGUGCAAAUUGGAAAGAACAGUGGUUGCAUUUGCUAGAAUGUAAAAAUGAAGAAUUUAGGGAUAGUGUUUCGGUAGCUUAUAUGGCUACGCUAAAUGCUAGUCGUACCAAGGUUUUGAGGUAAAUUCUAAGGUUGUGUACCAUCAGCUAAAUGUACAGCUUGAAUGCAGCAUAAUUUGUUUCGCUUGCCAAUGUGUUGAGCGAAAUCCAUAAAGGAUAUUUACGACAAGCUGACUGUACAGUACUUUGGACUGACUUUUAUGGUUGCUAGCACUUUUAUCUUACCUAAUUAGUUGUAAUCGAAGUAGUCAGCUUUACUGUACAUGACCCCUGAAUGGGUUUUUUCUGUGAAAAUGUGCAGGACUGUACAUUAUUCUGAGUAUUACACAGCGACUUGGCAAAUGACGACAAAAUUGAAUUUGAAAAUUGAAUAUUUUUUUCGUGGUUAGAUUUUAUUCAUGUUUGUAAUUAAAAGGAUAGUUCAGCCAAACAAGAAAAUGCUGUCACUAUACUCACCCUCAAAUUGUUUCGAACCUGUAUUAAUAUCUUUGUUCUGAACAGAAAAGGAGAUAUUUGGAAGAAUGUGUGAAGAGUUAUGGUGCACCAUUGACUACCAAUGUAGUUUUUACCCUACUCUGGAAGUCAAUGGUACCCAGAACUGUUUGGUAAAAAUCUUUCAAAUAUCUUAUUUUGUGCUCAGCAGAACACAAACUUUAUACAGGUUUGGAACAACUUGAGGGUGAGUAAAUGAUGGCAGAAUUUUCAUUUUUUCCUGAACUAUCCCUUUAAAAUUUGGCGGUCAUUUGAACUAUAUAGUAUAGUAUCUCCUCCCAGAAUGUGAAACCAUAAAGUCCUGUAAUAUUUUAUAAAUGUAACAUUAUUUUUCCUGUUUAAUUGCUGAUAUUUCUCAACUGUACUUAAUUUAUGUGAAAAUGUUCUUUAUUUUAAAGCUAAUAAAAUGAUAUAUAUUUUUUAUCACUUAA